AUGGGUGUCCCGGUGAACAAGAACAAUACUGGCAGCAGUCCCGAGUCUGGUGCCGCGGGAGCAACUCCAACGUCUCGCGAUGUAAUUGGUACGCAAGGCCAGGAAACGACGACCUCGGUGAAUAAACUACCUGCUUCCACGCCCAUUGGUUCGCAGCACCAGAAGACGAAAAACUACAAGCCACCAGGUGGAGUUGUACAAUUACCCGCUUCAAAAUCGCCCGGAACCGUCGGCCCCCUCGCGGCGCGGCGAAGCAAAACUCCGGAAAAACUCGUCAGAGAAUCCGUGCUGGCAAACAAACAGACGAACCGUGGUGCACAACGUAGUACCAGUACCUGCCGGAGCCGAGGUGAGAAUAAGUUUAAUCCGUCGGCGAGAACUGGCGUAGAAGUAUCUUCAAGAGCCGCGGUUGAGGGUCGACGUGUAGCCGGGGGAGCUGCUGUUGUUCCAACUGGAAACAAGCAAAGUAAUGUAGUCGAUCUUCUCCAACGUGGUGGUGAACAAGGUUCGACUUCAAAAGCAGGCACUUCUGCAGUUGUUUCUAUAACUAGCAAGUCCCUCGGCCCCAUUUCUUCUACCGCGUCCGGGAGUAGUACCAGCAGUCCGCGACGCCAGGCCGCGCGGCAGAGAUGGUGCUAUGAGCGCGUCAAUGCGCUGCACAAAAAACGCGAUCAAAUCAACUUGUUUAUUGCGGAAAGGAAGAAGGAUAUCCAAGAAAAAAACAUUGUAGGUGUAACUUUUUUGGUGGAACAGCAUUACAGCAAAUUUGUCUGGCAUGACAGCAAAAACCUGUCAUGCGCAGAUAGUAAGUACGUGAAAAGACCUUUAAUGGACCCUGCGACGCAUGCCAAGCAUGACAGGCGGAAUCAUCUUGCAUGUUGCGCAUCACAGAUUUACAUUAGCAGCGUUUUCUUCUUGGAUAAAGGAACUGGAGGCGAUUGCGGCGAAAAUGCGAACGGUCGGACCACACAUGGGCACUCCUUAUGCAUUGCAAAGGUAAUAUCGUACUCGUAUAAAUGCAUUACAAAUUUCCCCAGCAUGAGAGAGAAAAUUUGUAAUGCUGAUCUACCUCAAGAAAAAGAUUUGUAAUGCUAAUGCAUGACCGCAAUACGAGUACGAUACUUUUGCACAGCAUACUCUUCAUCCUGGAGCAGGCACAUCAUCGUCCGACGGAGCAGGAGCGGCUGGCGUGAUCGUAGGAAGUGGAAAUAUAAAAAUCCAAGAACCUCCAGCGGACCGCGAUGGAAAAGCAGGAGCCGGAGCUGGUUCUACUGCUGCGCAACACCUCCAAGGUGGAACCUCCAACAAGCAAGAACUAGAACCCGCUCCAACGACGACGAAUCUGAAUAAGAAAAAAGAGCUGAGUAUCAAAUGUAAAAAUGUCUGGGUCUGGAAGAAUGCAACUUGUCAUGCUAAAUCUGAAUCAGGCAAAAAGCUGUGUUGCAUGAUUGCCAAAGGUUGUGCACUUUUGACCUAAUCGAGAGGCAGUUUCUCACGCAGGAUAGGCAUUGGAAAGGCUUCGCAGAAUCUGUCAUGCUAUGUCCUACAUACCAGACCUCAUGAGUUAUGGAAAACCUGCAUGACAAACCUGACAAUCUUCCAGACCCAGACAUUUUUGCAAUCCAUACUGAGCGACGUGACUCGGGAGCGGGCGAUCAAGCGCGCGGAGUACGAUCGAAAUCUAUCCUGUUGGACGAAAAGUACCGUAGAGCACGUGGAGCAGCAGAUACAUUCUUAAAUCAGUCGUAGUUUAGUAAAUUCAAAAUGCUCGGUCGUAUCCACAGAUCACGGUGACGAUCGCGACCGCGAUUUGCAGAUCAACUACAGGCUACACCUAGGGCCGCGCUCCUGAAGCGAUGGCACCGCUUGUAGUAGUUUCGGCUAGGAGGUGUAACUGCAGCGGAGCCAUAUACCUCUAUUCUUUUCCGCUUCGCUCUUGCUCGACGUGGUCUGGUGCUGUCACGACUCUACGGUAUUUUUGUUUUUGCAAGCCAUACACUGCGAUGGAGAUCGAAAAAGUCCAGGCGGAGUGUCGCAAUUUGGAAAGGGAUAUCAACCGCAAGCAUGUGUGGGUCAGGAAAGUUGUAGCUGGUAGUCUGGUGUGAUUGUGAACAACGAGAACAUGAAGAAAAUUGGGAUCUUCCGGAGCAUGGCAGACUGCGAUUUAUUUGCAUGACAUGCAUGAGCAUCUCUGCGUAAGUACUCAGUGGCUCAGAGUCGUAUCAGACAAGCAUGACAAGCCUUGCAACCUUUCAGACCCAGACCACACGUUUGCAGUUGAUAGCGGACUGCUUGAAUUUGCAGCGGAGCUCGGAGAAGUAUAGAAAUGAUUGCGAAUUAAUAUUGUGUUGGCAGUACCAGUACCACGUAAGUACUACGUUUACGGAACAAGCAUUAUGUUCGUAGUAGCACCAUCGAAGCUGUUCAAACUCAGAAACAAAGAAAAAGACGUACCAGAACUAGUCAGGUGUUAAUAAAAGACAUAAGAAAAAAAUCAAUAAAGAACAAGACGUACUGGAAGUAGUCCCUCGACAUCAAAAACUACGCGUGUAACAGAACGUUGUAUAACAAUUUCGAGGAUCAACUACAGGUGGAAGCAGAAGACCGAGCCUGACGCGGAGAUCUCCGAAACCAAGCAGACGGAAGAGUUUCUCUACAAGAAGCAGAGUCUCGAAUCAGAAAAGGACUUGGAUGAACGGCGCAAAAUCUCCCUGGAGUCCGGCCUGUAUCCUGUGCAAAAAACGACGUCAGCGUCAGCACCCCAAAGUCAAGAUGGGAACAAAUGUCGUGCUGCGCAAAUGCACUACAAAUUUCGGCUGCUGCGCAUGACAGCUUCGGGCUCGAAGUGUAAAAAUCCGGUUUAGAAGCUGCUAACACAGCAGCAUCUUCGCACUUCUAUGGUUAAGUUGCGGGUACCUCAUCCAGGUUCCAGCAUGACAAGUUCCCAGAUAGCGUGAAGAGAGAAUACUCCUCAUCGGGCCGCGCAUCAUAAUUUUUUCGGCUCUCUUCUAGCUUAGCAAGACAGGUAUGGGGCCGCGCCGUAGACGUUUUUGCACGGGAUAGCCUGUGCGACGGUAUUAUGGUGCGGGAAAAGUUGCAACAGGACAUCACGAAGGAGCGGGAAAAUAUGGAAGUAGCGUCAGGUUGGAAAUCGACAACAUGGGGACGAUUUAAGUAUUUUCACGGUGUGAUAGAUUGGAUUCCAUUUGGAUUCGCCAAGGAACUAAAAGAAGUAGCGCAUCAUGACGACACUUCUUUUUUUCCCUGAUCCAGUGGACGCAUCUACUAUUUUCGAUUGCCCCUGAGCGCGAUAUAUCUGUGAGUAUAAUAGUGCGCCCUGUCAUGCCGAUCGAGAACUUUUUUUGUUGAGCCACAGCCACAAGAUGCUUGAGUAAGAUUUGUAAGCUCGUGCUUAUUUGCAUGGUAUCUAACUACACAGUUAUGUUUUUUGUGAUAUGGGUGAACUUACCACAUAUAAGCAUGACAAGUUUUGAGGAAAUUCUCAACCUGGCGCGGCCAUAGAAAAACUGAAGUUGCUCGAAGCGGCGUGGGCAGACAAGCAGAAGACGAUGACGCUGGAGAGGCUGAAGUUCGGCAAGAAAAUGGAGCUUGUGAUGCAGGAAUAUGCAUUGCAAAAGUAUCGUACUAGUAUGAAUUGCAUCACAGAUUUUGGCAAGAAGGAGAGGGGAAUUUGUAAUGCUGUUUUGCCCUAGGGAAAACAUUUGUCAUGCAUAUUUGCAAUUAGUACGAGUGCGAUACUUUUGCACAGGAUAAGGAAGAGAGGGCGUUGAUGUGCCAGCGCGAAGUGAUCCUCCGCCAAAUCGAAGAGUUCACGACGAACACGAGUUCUAAUGCGCAUGAUAUGCAUCACAGAUACUAUUAUGUCGGGGUCUGGAAAAUUUUCAAUUGCAUGCCGAGUUGCAGCCCCCAUGCAUUUCUUCGCCAGCACGCAUGACAAGUGUCUUUUUUUCUGCGACUACGUCAAGCACUAACCGCCUGCAGCGUCGCAUUUCUGUAGGAAGCGAAACAAACGGCGGUCUAGAGAAACAAACACGCGUGACAGUUUCUUUUGUCUUUUGAGAACCAUGCAUGACGAGGACAUUUUCUUCCAGAGGACUCUGACAUACUUGUUUGCAUUAUUUGAUACUGCUCGGCGACCACGGGAUGAAGACGAGCACUGCACCAAAGGGGGGCGUUGGUAAUGGGACAUCGAACCACCAACCGCAAAACUGGAAGCAGACGGAGAUGAAAUUUGUGCAGUUGCAGGACCUCGCGAGCAGCAGGACCGACGCGAAGCAACAGAUGUUCGAACAGUUGCGCAACUUGCAGGAGGUGCACCAGAAGAAAAACGCGGAGUUUUUGCAGUACGAGAAAAAAGUGGAAGAGCUGCAGCAGACGCUGUUUGCCAAACAGAGCCAAUGGCGGUUGAACCACAUCAGAAACAUUGACGACCGCGUCGCCUUCAAACGGAAUCGGAGUUUCGUGCAGCUGCAAACCGGCGUUGGGGAGACCCUAUUCGCCUCGGGAAACGCGUUUGGAGACGGGUGGGAGGCGACCAAGGGAAACGCGUGGGAGGCGACCAAGGUAACCGCAGCGGUUGGUGGCGUGAAUUUGUGAACAAAUAGUCUUACGUAUUAGUUGGUAUUCAUCUGGAAUGUUAUGGAGGAACGAAAGAGUCAAGAGUGUAGUUUCAUGGGACGUUUUUGUCUAAAGCGUGUAGAAUCCACAUCUGAAGUUGUGGAUUUCUGAGCAGGUGGUAAAGUAUGGCAGCACACGAUACGGAGCCGAAAGUGUGUAUCACGACAAUCCCGAGGACUACCGAAAGAACAAAGACCACGAGUACUUUAUGAGAAAAUCGCUUGGUUUCCUCAAAAAUGUGUGCUGUACUUCAGUCCGAGGGGAAGAUACACUUCCAAAGACUGCUUGGGUGCGACGAUUGUUUUUUGUCGCAUGAGUGAACUCCUCGUAUUUUUUUCAAAGAUGUUGUUUAACGUUAAUCUCAUCAACAAGAUGUUAAAUGUUUUCAUUGCAGUGUGGAU